AGGGGGGAGGGCGGGCGAAAUCGUGAGGUUGACUGACUGACUCCCUUGGUUGGCUGCGGCGAGGGCCACGUAGCGCUGCGGCGGCGGCGGCGGCGGCGGCAGGGAGGGCGAGCAAAGGAUAGGCAGACCACGGCGGAGGUAGCUGCAGAGGGGCCAAGGCCUGGUCCUAAAAGCAGGCGGCGGCGGGGGCUCUAACCAGGGGAGGGCAGGAAGGAAGGAGGGCCCUGACCGCCCUCUCCUUCCCCCUCCCCUCCCCCGCCUAAGCAUGGAUCGCGGCGACGGCGGCGGCGAUGGAGCGGUGGAGGCGACAACAGCGGACGAUCCCGGCCUGGGUGAGUUCGUGCAAGACAAGAGGCCCAGUUGGCAGAAGGAGCAGGCCAAGUUUCCCUUGAUGAGCCCCCAAACCUCAUCCGUUCGAUUAGUUGUUAUCUCCCACUUUUCCAGGAAGUGCAGCAGUGAUGCAGGUUUCCAGCAAAAUAAAACAGUCACACAGACCGUUUUUCUUCAGAGGAUCUGUCCCCAACUUGGACCUUCAAGACUUCCAUUGAUGCACCUAUUGCAACUGUACUGUCCAUCCACCUUGCUGACAAAUUUUUCAUCUGUUGGAUGACAGCUUUCUUCCUGUGAACUGUUGUCGAUGUCUUCGUGCUAUAAAACCAGAGUUCCAUGACCUACACGUGCUUUCUUGCUCUGCUCCCCAAAAACAGUCAUGAGUUAGUUAUUUCCAGAUAUUCAUCUUGUUCUACAGGAGUUACUUCAUUGAUAUUCUGGAAUACAAGGUGCUCAAUGAAUCGAGAGCCCCCAUGAAUGAAACAGCCAAUUCUUGCCAACAGAUGGCUAAAAAUUGCACCACACAUGUAGCAGGGAUGGCACAGGAGGACAGGGGUCAAGUACCACCCACUUUCUAUCAUGAUGCCAGCCAGGAACUUGAUUUGUCCACCAAGGUAUACAAAAGGGAGUCUGGGAGUCCUUAUUCUGUACUGGUGGACCCAAAAGCAAGUAAGCCACAUCUUCAUGACAGAGAGGAGCAGCCAUAUUUCAGGGAGGACAGAACAGUAGGAGAGGCCCGAGCCGUGAAAGAAGACAGGGAGAACUCUGACGACUUGCAGGAGGAGGACGAGGAAGAAGAUGAAGUGACUUACAAAAGGGAGCAGAUAAUAGUAGAGGUAAACCUUAACAACCAAACAUUAAAUGUAUCAAAAGGGGAGAAGGGGGUCCCUUCCCAAUCCAAAGAAACUGCUGUUCUUAAGACCAGUAGUGAGGAAGAGGAGGGUGACAGUGGGGAGGAAGAGGCCACUGAAGACAGUAAUGAUGAGGAGGAAAAUGAGAGGCAGAAGAAAAAAGAGCAAAGAGAGGAAAAUGAUAGUGUUGCACAAAGGAGGACAAGGAGAGCUGCAUCUACUGCAGCCGCCACAUCUUCCCCUACUUCCAGAACUACAAGGGGCCGUAGAAAGAGCAUUGAGCCUCCCAAGCGUAAGAAGAAAGCUGCAAAGGAGCCCAAGGCACCUGUGCAGAAAUCAAAGUGUGAAGAAAAGGAGACUUUGACUUGUGAGAAGUGCCCCAGGGUGUUUAACACACGCUGGUAUCUGGAGAAGCACAUGAACGUCACUCAUAGGCGCAUGCAGAUCUGCGACAAGUGUGGGAAGAAAUUUGUUCUAGAAAGUGAGCUCUCCCUUCACCAGCAAACAGACUGUGAAAAAAACAUUCAGUGUGUUUCCUGUAAUAAGUCAUUCAAGAAGCUUUGGUCCCUCCAUGAGCAUAUCAAGAUUGUCCAUGGAUAUGCAGAGAAAAAAUUCUCCUGUGAAAUAUGUGAAAAGAAGUUCUACACCAUGGCUCACGUGCGAAAGCACAUGGUUGCACAUACUAAGGACAUGCCAUUUACAUGUGAAACCUGUGGAAAAUCUUUCAAACGCAGUAUGUCGUUAAAGGUUCAUUCACUACAGCAUUCAGGAGAGAAGCCUUUCCGAUGUGAGAAUUGUGAUGAAAGGUUCCAGUACAAGUACCAACUUCGUUCCCACAUGAGCAUCCAUAUUGGACACAAGCAGUUUAUGUGCCAGUGGUGUGGUAAAGAUUUUAAUAUGAAACAGUACUUUGAUGAGCACAUGAAAACGCACACUGGAGAGAAGCCUUUUAUUUGUGAAAUCUGUGGCAAAAGUUUCACCAGUCGUCCAAAUAUGAAGAGACAUCGCAGAACUCACACAGGGGAGAAGCCAUAUCCGUGUGAUGUGUGUGGCCAGCGAUUCCGUUUCUCCAAUAUGCUUAAGGCACACAAGGAAAAGUGCUUCCGUGUUACCAGUCCUGUUAAUGUGCCACCCUCUGCCCAGAUCUCACUUGCAACAACGUCAUCUGCCACCACUGUACCUUCUGUUGCGAACACACCGAAUGCGCUUGCCCCUACUUCAGCAAUCAAUAUGAAUCCAGCAAGCACACUUCCUCCUCGCCCAAUUGGCCAUCCAUAUUCUCAUCUGCAUCUCCAUUCACAUCAUCAACAUCAUCUUCCAGUCCCCGUCCCUCCGGUCCCUCAUUUGCCUCCACCUCCUGCUCUAUUUAAGAGUGAGCCUUUAAAUCAUAGGGGCCAAGGUGAGGACAGUUUUCUGCGACACCUAGCAGAAAAAAACAGUUCAGUGCAGCAUCACUAACUGCUUGUCUUCUGCCUGCUAUUCUGAUUUUAAAAAUCUGGAAUUGUGCUCUUCCCUAAGAAAAGGUACCAUUUUAGCCCCAAGUAAAUUUGCAUUACUGUUGGUGAUCAUCCAGCUUAGGGGAGCCAAUAGGACAGAUGCCCAAUUUGGCUUGCACGUUUUACUGUUGACUUUUAUAAAUUUUAAAAGGACUGAGAAUUGUGGAUUUUUUUAUAAUUUCAUAUCAGCUAAUGAGGUAUGCUUGCUUUUGUAUUCUGGAUUUUCUCCUCAAAUUGGGGAUGAGUCUGGUUUCCUUUGUACUAAUAAUCAGAAAGACUGUGAGACUAAAUCCCAGAGCAUUAAUGAUCACUGUGUAUUGUUAAUUUCUUUUCUGCUCUGUAUGUGUGGGUGUGUGAGAGUUUGUGUGGGUGUGGGUGUGCUGGUUAUGGAAUGAACCAGCCACAUGAUUGCAGAAUAUGAAGCAUAGGAAAAACAACAACAAUAGUAAACAGAAUUUAAUCUCAUUUGAAUAGUUCUCCUAACACACUCUUUAUUUUAUUAUAAAAAUUAUUUUAGAGUUUUUGUAUAGACCUAUUUAGUAGCCUGUUUCUAAAAUGAAAUGUAUUUCAAAUAAGCGAUGUAAUUUUUUUCAGUGUAGCUGGACCUAUGUUGUUACAAUAGAUAAUUUUUAUAAUCAUUCAAAUGUGAUUCUUUUAAGAAAAAAGAUGCAAAUAGCUUCUAUAGUAAAAAUUAUUCUUACAUCUGUACUGCUCUAAAAAGGUGCUUUGAAGUGUAAAGGAAGAAGCCCAAGAAGUCUCUUGUAAAGCUGCCUCAGAAGUGGAGAUAAUUUCAGAACUUUAUAUAACUUAUUUGUAGGGGGAGGGGAAUUUUUACUGUGAGACAUAUCUUCUUUCCAUGUCACUUGAGGGUGAUUAGAUAAGGACAUUGAACUACUGUAUGCCCCCAAAUUUCACAUUUGUUAUACUGAAGCAUGAAACAUUUCAGAAAGGAUUUCUCUUAGAGUGAAAAUUGCACAUGAGGGACAGUCUCAACCAAAUACAGUUUCAAACAUAGUAUGCUAUCUUAUCAUGGGCAUACCUUAGAACCUAGUUCAUUAUAGGGACAUGUGUAUAAGGUAUGAGUUAAAUUGGGACCGAUUUGAUGCUGCUUGUUUUUUCUUAAGUUUGUUAGGUGAUAAGCAAGGGAACUGCAAACUAGAGGCAAUUUAGUUGGAUCUGUAAAAAUUAAACCUGAAUUAGGCAAACUGGAGUUAAAGUCAUUGUCAUGUUGGCUGAAAAAAUGAAUAUCAUGGAGUAUGUGCAUACACUAAGGUUGUGUGAAGGACAGAUAGUACUGAUUAUAGAUGAUAAUGUCUUUCAGGUUUGACCAUAUUUCACAGAUAAAUGGAAAGAAAUGUUGAAUGUUAAGCAAGUUGGUAAUUGUGUUUUUCUUAGUCUCCGAUGGCUCUAAGGUGUGACAAAUAAAAUCAUGGUAAUUAACUUUGGAUAAAGUACAGCACCAUUUAAGGAUCCCCUUAGUACCUUGAAGAGAAGGCAUAGAGAUUCCUUUAUAGUUGGAAUCUAAAUUUUUCUAAGUUUAAUUUUCAUGCUCAAAGACCAUCAUGAUGAUUCCUAGGAUAUUGUUCUGCUUUUGAAAAUUAGGCUAAUUAAGUCUAAUUUAGAAAGGGAUAUUAUCUUGGAUGAAAUGGAAAGCCCUUGUUAUUGCAUUCCCUUAGGCUGCUGAUUGUGUUUCCGCCUUUUAUUAACUUUGCAUUAAAAAUAAAAUAGCUGACUUUUCGGUAUCUAUUCAAUAUUUGACUGAAAACUUCUUAAUCCUUUUUCUGAAAAAAAAAGUAUUUUUAAAAUGUUGUGAUAACAUUUAUUUGUUCCUUCUCCUUUUUUAGGCAGUAAAGCUAACUAUAAAAAUGAAUAAUAUUUAAUUAUUGUUCACUAUUAGUUCACUAUCAUCUACUAUCUUGAUUGGUUUUAUACAUUCCAUGUCAUCUUGUAAAAUUACAGUUCUGUAUAGAAUGCCACAGGCCAACAAUGUGGCCUGUAAAAUCCACUGUUCUAAAUUUAAAUGAAAAAGUCAUACCUGAUAAAUCAAUUGUAAUCCAAUUUGCAAAAGCAUUUUUUAAAAUAAAUUUACAGUAUUUGGCUGCUAUUUAUGAAUCCUACUACUUGAGAAGGGUGUAUUUCUGUGGUCUUUGUUCUAAAAGUUAACAUUAUUUAUUUCAGAGCUGUGUUCUACAUAGAAUGAGUAAAAGAAACUAGAAAAAUGAGUCAAGCACCAUUGAAGUUUCUUCAUUCUUGUGUGGAUGAAUUUGCAUCUAUCCUUAAGGCUUCUUUUUAGAAUUAAUUUGGUUCAUUGCAACAUCAUCCCUGUAAUCCCAAUCAUUAAUGGAUAGAGGUCUACACUUUUUUUUUUAAUGCAAUGCUGUAGAAUACUUCUGGCCCCUUUUCAUUUUUAUUUCAAAAAUGUUUUCAAAACACAAACAUUAUAAAUGUAUAGCCAUUCAGAAUCCAUUUCAAAUGUGUAGGACAUGAAAUGUAUCAAUUCUCUGUAAGUCUUUAAAGCAGCUGCCUAUUUUCCUAGGAACACACAGCUUUCGGGAAUUAACUUGAAAACAUUGCACAGCCCAAGUGCAAAAAUGAUUCAAUCAAUAUAUAAAAUACCCUUUAUUAGAUUUUGGAUUUUGAAUUAGGAUUAUAAUUUUAGAAGUCUUUUUAUACUGGCAUGCUUUUAUUCAUAAGAUGUGAAAGUUUUCAUGCUAAACCUUUAAAACAAUUUAUGUUUCUUCAUUUGAUUUUAUAAUAGCAAUAGCAAUAACAACUGGACUUCUACACCGCUUCAUAGUGCUUUACAGCCCUCUCUAAGCAGUUUACAGAGUCAGCAUAUUAUCUCCAACAAUCUGGAUCCUCAUUUUACUGGAAGGAUGGAAGGCUGAGUCAACCUUGAGCCAGUCAGGACAGAGCUCUUUGCGAUGGGAAUGCAGAGUUAGCCUGCAAUAAUGCAUUCUAACUACUGUACCACCACAGCUCUUUAACUCCAUAAUAUUUUUCCUUCUGCUGCAAAUUUUACUAUUUCCUGUUAGUUGCAAAGUACUAAUCUCUGCAUUUUAAUAAUUUGCACAAUGAUUUGUGUUGCUGCUGCUACCAUAGUCUUGAGGCCAUAGGAUCUGAUCAUUGGUGUUUUUAUCAUCAGGAACGUCCCAUAAAUUCACCAUUUUUGAGUAUAAUCAUAAUGAAUAGAAUGGUUUUGAGACAAUGAUGUCUCUAAUGUUUGCCCCAAAAAGCAUAGCAACAGAGCAUACAACCAAUUUUUGUACCAGGCCUGCUCCAGGACAGUUGCAUUGCCACUUAUUCUCAGCAUUAGAGAGUUUUGAUUGAUCUUGUCAAGCACUUCACAAAAUUGCAGUGAAUAUUGAAGUUAAAUAUGACAUUGUGUAUCUCUUCAAAGACACAUACAAUUUCAACAUAUUACAGUUAUGAAUUUAUAUUUGUUUGCUUCCUGUCAAUGACUGUAAUAAAAAGGCCUAUUCAUUCUA